UAGAGAAAACAAAAUGGUGGACCAACUUUGAAGUGAAUGAAGGAAAAAUCUCCAAUGGUGGAUGAAAGUUCGUGUCUUCAAGAGAUACAAAACCUUAUAAGCACUUGCGGAAAAUCUGGACGAAAGUCAUGGCUUGAUAUUUGUGUGAAGACUGAAGAAUAUUUGCAGGAAGCCUCUGUCAAGCAGAGAUUGUCAAUCCUUGACAUAGUUUGGAAAUGGAUUUCAAUACUUGUAAAGAAAGAUGACUUUACGUCUAACAAUACUGAAGAAUUCAUACUUCUUCUCACCAGAGUUUGGUGUACAAUUUAUCUCUGCUCCUUGGGAAACCUCAAACUUUGUCAAAAAGUUAAAAAGGUUUUCAGCUCUCUUUGUGUAAUCAGACCCUAUCAUGCCAAAUGUGAAAUCAAAAGAAAUAUCAGUGAGCUUCUGUCCUCUCCCACAAACCAAAUUGUGAAUGCUGUUGAAAUAGUUUGUCAGCUAAUUGAUGUUUCUGAACUUGGAAAGGAGUGUGUGGAUGAGCUGUUUGAUGACUUUGUUACGUCCAUUUCUCAUUGUUUGGACUCUUACUGUCAGCAGUAUAUUCAGCACAACUCUGAGGAAGCUGGAUUGCCAUUUAACUCAGAUGUUUUUCAGACUAUUGUAAAGGCAGUUCUGAAGACCUUCCAGUACUUCCCAAAGAAAGUUGGUUUGCUCAUUUGCGACAGCACUGCAACUGAAGGAAACACAGUCCUGGAGACGAUCAUAAAUAACCUGUGGAGGAUAUUAUUUUGCAAGAUCCUUCAUAAGGAAUGUACAUUUCUGUGUGGAACAGCCAUAGGCUUGUUGCUAGGCAUUGCUGCAGAUCUGGAGCCUUGCUUGUGUGCCAAAGAAAUUGUUACACAGUUAUUAAUUGCAUCAGGAGCAUCAUUCAUGAAGAACCAAGCUGUACCACAGCACUACCACUCUGUGAUGAUUGGAUGUUUUAAAUUUGAGUUGCCAUUAGUUCAGUACAGACCUAUCACCCAGUUAGCCAUUGUAAUGGGCAUCAUUAAAUCACAGAAAAAGGAAAUUCUACUGGAGAUGGGUAAUGAGGAGCAAACUACUCUGAUGGAAGGACUGCUGUUUCAGACCAUAUACACUCUCUGUAAAGAGAGCAAAAAUUCACCAGUUCAUUAUGUAGCUUUUGAAGCCAUGAGGCAGUGGCUUCUGUGCAUGAAGAGUCUUCUCAAGAAGAAAGCAUUCCAUGAAGGUUCCAAGUGGAUGACAAGUGUGGAGUCAUAUCAUGUCACUCAUCUAAUUGAAAUUAUUUGGGAGAAUCUAGAAGACCCUAUAGAUGGUGUACCAGGCUUGGCAGUUACUCUGUUUAGCUUGUUGCUUGAGUUACACAAAGAUGAAGAGAUGGCAAGAAAUUCAGUGGAUGAAGCAUUUUACGCAUCACUUAGGGAUAAAGUCAUAGGACUUCCUUGGCAUGUGAAAGGAAGAUAUGGCUUGAUUUGUUCACUUCUGUCUUGUAUUGGCCUUCAACAGAUCCUAGAAAAACAGCCUUCUCUUUUGGAUGAUUUGAUUCGUUGCCUUGGAGUCAAUCAACUGACAUCUCCUUCAACAAAUGCUUUCAAGGCAUUUCUUGAAUGUGGCAGGAAGGAAAAGGAACAAACUGAGUUUGUGAAGCAGUGGGAGAAGAGUUGGCAAGAUGGAUUAUUCAGGGCACUUACAAGUGAAGAUAGGUAAGUAUUUUUGGCCUCUUUGUUAAAGUUGUGCAUCCAUUAUUUGGUAAUUGGACCUUGUGAUAAGCUUAUGCCGAACCAGAGUAUGUUUACAGGCUGCACGUGGUGUGGCUCAACCCAAAAUUAUCCCUUGUAUACCAACUGGGAGCUGGGGCCUGUUUCUCGCAAGCCCUGGAAACUUUUCGGGCCCGCAAAGCCAUUUGUAUUUAAUCUGUAUCUAAAAACGAAGUGGUGUAUACGCCUGAAACUGCUUGUAAGAAGGGAGCCUCUGUUCACAUUUAGUAUAUGUGGAUAAAACAGCUCUGUAAUCAUAAGGUUUGAGAUUUUGCUAUGGCUUUUUGGGUGUGAAAACAUUUCAGGACCUUUGAGAAACAGUCCCCUAGUCAUGUUGUAAGUGGGUAAUACACUUGUAGAUGGUGAAGGUAAUUAUAUUCAUUUGGGAUCAGUUGGGUGGGUAGAUCAGCUGGUAGAUCAGAGCAUACUGGAAUGGCAGAGUUCGUGGGUUUGAAUCCCCUUCAAGCCUGAAUUUUUGCAGGCUUUUUCAACUGCUUUAACUGGUGCUUAACUAGGAUAAUCUCUUUCUUGAAAUCUUUAUCUUGCAGUUAAAAAAUAAUGAUCUUUUGUAUGUUCACUAGUAUGCUGGUGAAGUGGUGAGUGAGCUUGCGUCGACCAGUGUUCAACUCACCUUUUUAAUUAAAAGUGGCUACAAAUGACACUACAAGAGAGCAAAUACACUGCUUACUUAUGCUUACUUAAAAAAUGGGAUGAAAUAAUCCAUACUUUACUGUAUUCUGGAUAUAAAAGAACUCUGAACACUGAUUUAGCAUCUUCUGUAUCCUGAAAAAUGCUCUUAAACAUGCUAAGAUUGUGAAUUUGUUUGUACUUUGU